UCAUUUGUCCAAUCAUUGCCCAAUUCUAACGCCUUUUUAGGCACGAUGUUCAAAAUGGCUGUCAGUAUAAAAACAAAACUCGUCCUGAACGGGUCAAAGAAGAAAUAUGGAGGAAAAACCUUCAUAAUUGUAUUGUCAGCUUUUUGUCCGGAUUUUCUAUUAGAGGGUGUAGCAAGUCAAGUUAAUACAGAAAUUUUGACAGUGUGUAAUUUGUUCAGAAAAGAGAAAUUGCAAGAAAACCGGUCAAAAUCUGUUGAAAAGUUUUCAACUUCUGUUUCACAAAGGGUAACAGAAAACCUGUUUGCUCAUCUUGCAUCUGAGUGAAUUAUUUUCCAGGCAAAUGACAACACGACUUGAUAGAUUAUUUUUACUGUUGGACACUGGCUCUACUGCUUUGAUCAGGAAAUCUGCAGCAGAACAAUUAGGAGAUGUCCAAAAACUACACCCUUAUGAGCUUAAUAACCUCCUUACAAAGGUGCUUGUUUAUCUGAGAAGCAGUAAUUGGGAUACUAGAAUUGCUGCAGCACAAGCUGUUAAUGCCAUAGCCAGAAAUGUUCCUCAGUGGGAGCCAAGAGGUGCUCCAAAACAAGAAUGUGGAGAAGAUAUACCUGGAGCUGAGGGGAAGUUGUUGUUUUCAAAGUUUGAUCUACAAUGUGUACUACAAAAUGGAACAUCAUUACUUGGAUCUGAAGGUGUACAGUUUAAUCAGGAUGACAAACUUACAGGCAUUGAUGAACGAGAAAGAUUGUUGAUUCAAAGACAGAUGUUAAAUAAACGUCUAGGUCUUGAUGUGGCAGGAAAUCUUCAGCUUGAUAUAGACAAGGACUUAUAUUCUGAUGAAGAUUUACUUACUGGCAUGAAUAAAGAAACAGCUUUCAAACAAGAAUUGAAACAUGUAGGUGACCUUGUAAAUCAACAGAUUGGUUCCAGUCUUAGCUCUAGAGAGAGGAACCGAGCUAAACGCAAAGCAAGAAUGAUGAUUAAAAGACCAUCCAGAGAGUCUCCUCUCCCCGACAGUGAAAAUGAGCCUCCAGUGAAGAAAAUGAAGUCAGAAAAUGGGUCAGAAAAUACAGGAAUAAUUAGUGAUCUGACAGAGGAGGAGGACUGGCCAUUUGAUUGUUUCUGUGAACUGUUGAUGGCUGAUUUAUUUCACACUGCCUGGGAGACUAGACAUGGAGCUGCUACUGGUCUAAGGGAGGUAAUUAAGUUGCAUGGAAGAGGAGCAGGCAAGUCUCAGGAUACACCCGCUGAUCAGAUGUCAGCAGUCAACCAAAUAUGGUUAUCAGAUUUAGCACUCAGGUUAUUAUCUGUGAUAGCACUCGAUAGAUUUGGUGAUUAUGUCUCAGAUGAGGUUGUUGCUCCAGUUAGAGAAACAUGUGCUCAAACACUUGGAGUAGUGAUAAAGUUUCUAGAAGCUGACGGUAUACAAGGGGUACUAUGCAUCUUGUUACAGCUGUUAACACAAAAACAAUGGGAGGUGCGGCAUGGGGGAUUGCUCGGAAUGAAAUAUCUGCUGGCAGUAAGAAAGGAUAUGACAGGCGAUUUACUACCUAAAGUAUUACCAUUUAUAUAUCAAGGAUUACAAGAUGCUGAUGAUGAUAACAGGGCUGUGGCUGCUAGUGCAUUAAUUCCUGUAGCUGAUGAUCUCGUACAAAUACUUCCACAGCAGGUUCCUGUGAUAGUUUUAUGUCUAUGGGAGACUUUACUGGACCUAGAUGACCUUACAGCAUCAACAAACAGCAUAAUGACACUUCUCUCAGCCCUGGUAGCCCAUCCAAAAGCAAAUGUGAUAGAUGUGACUGAAAAGCCAUUAACUGAACUUGUACCUCGGCUAUUGCCAUUUUUUCGACACAACAUUCCGUCAGUAAGAACUGCAACAAUGAAGACAUUACACACUCUUUUAACUAUGCAAUCUACAAAGCAAUCUGUUGAUAAUUGGUUACCUAAUCUCCUUCAACCAUUAUUGUGCCAUGUUUACCAGAGAUCUUUGUUAGAAACACAUCCUGAAAUCCUCUCUGUUAUAACAGAGGUUUGGAACUGUAUGCUGCACCGGUCACCACCGGAAUACCUGGUGGUAGCAGCUACACCAUGGAUGGGGGUCUGGUUGUCCCUGGCUAUGCAACCGUCAAAAAUACCUUAUGACCAUAACUAUCUGGUAGAGGCAAAACAUCCUGGCAGGAUAUCUUUUGUAAUGAGAAAAGGGAACACAGCAGCUCAACUGCUGGGAUGUUUGUGUAGUAAGAUUACCCAGCCAAUACAAGGUCUUCCUGACAAUUGUGAGAAACCUUCAGAAUCUCUAGACAAACUUCUAGUCUUCCAUCUGAACACAAAGUCAGCUAUACAGAGAAUUGUAAUAGCUGAAGUGGUACAUGCCUGGGCUGCUACAAAGUCAUGUGAAUGCUCAACUGAUAUCAAAAGCAAGCUGUUAGAAACUCUCACAGAAGGAAUAUAUUAUGAUGAAAUAGCACUGGGGUUUACACGUUUGCAAACAGAAUGUAGGGACUUUAUUGCCUCUCUCAAACAACAAGGAAUCAACAUGGACCAAAUCAUAGCUCCUGGUACCAAACUUUGUUUCUCUAUUAAAACCUGUUUUUCCAUGAUUUACCUCACUAGGGUACAGUCAAGUUUAGCCAAAGCUGUUGUGUCAUUAGAUGCCAUCCCUGAAAAGUUAAAUCCAGUUAUCCGCCCUUUGAUGGACUGUAUAAAGAAAGAAGAGAACAUUUACAUACAGAGGGACGGUGGUAAAUGUGUGAGUGGAUUAUUGAGGAAAUGUUUAUCUAGAGAUCCUUGUCCUAACAACAAAGUCAUCAAGAACCUGUGUGCUUUCUUGUGCUGUGAUCCUUCAGUAACACCUGUCUGUACACAGACUAACAAUAACUCUACUUCAGAAGCUAGCUGUGAUAUGUACAAAGAGAAUCUCACUCUUGCCAAACUUAAUAAAAUCCCAGACACAGAUAAGAAACGUUUACAGAGGUCAUCAAGUGUGAAGAAUGAUGUUACAGUAUCACCUGAUUUACUGAAAGAUGAGGAACAGGUAUACUUUAAUUAUCUUCAUUUAUCACAUACCUGUGCAACUUUCGCGACUCCGUUAAAAUGGUAUUGCGUGGCUAUGCAUAUAUUUUGGCGCGACGCCAUUCAAUCAAAACAGCUGUUAUCUAUUCAGCGGCGUGGAGGGGAGAUAACUUUGAAUAUUUUGACGUCCGAUUUUAAUGACAAACUUCCUCAGGAACUUCCUAGUCUAUGGGAAACUGCUACAAAGUAUCUUCUUGAAAAUCAAGAUUCUGUAGCUGAUAUGACAGAUUUGGUUGCCCAGGAAACAGUCAACUGUUUACAAGUGGUAGAGUCUAUUGUGCCAUCUAUACAUUCAUCUUUACUCACCAAGUUUGUUGACAGUUUGCCUUGUCUCCAGUGUUAUCUACAGAAUAAGUAUAGUGGUGUGCGUCACAUGUCAGCUAGGUGUGUUGGUAUGUUAUCUCGACUGUCGACAGCAGAUGUGAUGCUGUUUCUUAUAGAGAAAGUGCUGCCAAUGUUCGAGGCGUCAGACAAUGAUGUACAAAGACAAGGGGCAUCAGAAGCUAUUGCUAAUGUAAUUGAGAAGUUAAAUAUGGAUAUUAUACCAUAUAUUGUACUACUGAUAGUACCUGUACUGGGCAGGAUGACAGACCAACAUGAACAUGUUAGAACUGUAGCUACACACUGUUUUGCUUCACUUAUACGUUUAUUACCUUUAGAGUCUGGUGUUACUAACCCUCCAGAUAUGAAGUCCAGUCUAGUUGAGAGAAAAGUCAAAGAAAGAGCUUUCCUAGAGCAGCUUCUUGAUGGAACUAAAAUAGAAAACUACAAAGUUGAUGUGCCCAUUAAAGCUGAGCUGAGAAAAUAUCAACAGGAUGGUGUAAACUGGCUUGGAUUUCUGAACAAGUACAAGUUACAUGGUAUAUUAUGUGAUGAUAUGGGACUAGGGAAAACUUUACAAUCUAUCUGUAUAAUUGCCACAGAUCAUUAUAGAAGAGAACAGAAAUAUAAGGAAUCUGAAAAUCCUGACUGCAAACCUUUGCCAUCGAUUGUCGUAUGCCCACCAACAUUGAUAGGUCAUUGGGUAUAUGAGGUGAAUAAAUUUAUAGACAAAGAGUACCUCAAUCCACUCAUGUAUGCUGGACCUCCCGUGGAAAGGCUCAAGUUACAGAAAAAAGCAAAGAAGUACAACAUGAUUGUUGCUUCCUAUGAUGUGGUACGCAAUGAUAUUGAAUUCUUUAGCUCUUUCAGUUGGAAUUAUUGUGUUCUAGAUGAAGGUCACAUCAUAAAAAAUGGUAAAACAAAGAUCUCAAAAGCAGUAAAGCAGUUAAACUGUAACCAUAGAUUGAUUCUGUCUGGUACCCCAAUACAGAAUAAUGUCCUUGACCUUUGGUCUCUCUUUGACUUUCUGGUACCAGGCUUUCUAGGCACAGAAAGGCAAUUCCAAGCAAGAUAUGGUAAACCAAUCCUUGCUAGCAGAGAGGCAAAAAGUUCAUCCAAAGAACAAGAGGCUGGAGCUCUGGCUAUGGAAACUUUACAUCGGCAGGUACUUCCAUUUAUUUUACGACGUCUGAAAGAAGAUGUUCUGAAAGAUCUACCUCCUAAAAUUAUACAGGAUUAUUAUUGUGAUCUAAGUCAACUACAGGUGAAGCUGUACGAGGACUUCUCUAAAUCUCAGGCACAGAAAGGUAUAGAAGAUUGUGUCACCUCUACAAAGGUGGUGGAGCCAAAGAAAGGAUCAACCCAUGUCUUCCAGGCAUUACAGUAUUUACGUAAAGUAUGCAAUCAUCCAGCACUUGUAUUAAACACUGGUCAUCCUAAAUAUACAGAAGUGAUGGGCAUGUUAAAAACACAAGGUUCUAACCUUCAUGAUAUCUCACAUGCACCAAAACUUACAGCAUUAAAACAGUUGUUACUGGACUGUGGUAUAGGUGUAGAAGAAUCAGCUGGUCAACCAGGUACAAACACCCCAGUGGUCAAUCAACAUCGAGUCUUGUUGUUCUGUCAACUCAAAGGAAUGCUUGACAUCGUUGAGAAAGAUCUGCUCAAAGUACAAAUGCCUUCAGUGACAUUCCUAAGAUUGGAUGGUACAGUACCUGCUGGUUCCAGGCAUGAUAUUGUUAACAGGUUCAACAAUGAUCCAUCCAUCGAUAUUCUUCUGCUAACAACACAUGUUGGUGGACUGGGACUCAACUUGACUGGUGCUGAUACAGUGAUAUUUGUAGAGCAUGAUUGGAACCCAAUGAAAGAUUUACAAGCAAUGGACAGAGCCCACAGAAUUGGGCAAAAGAAAGUUGUUAAUGUAUAUAGACUUAUCACAAGAGGAACACUUGAAGAGAAAAUUAUGGGGCUUCAGAAGUUUAAGCUGACUAUAGCUAACACAGUAAUCAGUCAAGAUAAUGCCAGUUUAAAUACAAUGGGUACAGACCAACUACUAGACUUGUUCACACUAGAAGACAAGAAGAAAGGGGAGAGUUCAGCUCCUAGUGACAGUAAAAUCAGUGAGAAGAAGGAAACAGUGAAAUCUAUCCUUGAAGGACUCGGUGAUCUAUGGGAAGAUGAUCAAUAUCAGUCGGAAUAUGACAUGAAAAAUUUUAUGAAGUCAUUGGUGUAAACAAUAUAAGACAUAUUGUUGGACAUUAUUAAUGAUAUAGCCGUGAAAGUGCUAACAUGAACAAGAAAUAUGUUACUCAGUGACAUAUAUAAAAUUAUCUCUGGGUUAAGAUGAUGUUGAAACAUCUUUACAUUUGAAAACAACAGUAAAGAUAAUCUGGUUAAAGCAGAGAAAUGAAAAAGUUGAUACGCUGCUGUAAGAUUAGCAUCACUCAAAUAUAUGCAAGUUUUUGUCUCGUUCAUUUUUUUCGUAUUGUAAUGCAGGUAUCAGUUUGGACUAGUAUUUCUUAGGCAAAAGAGACUGGUUUUAAGUUAAACUAGCUGUUGAGAGAAAACAAGAAAAAAACUCCACAAAGUUUGUUAAAGAAUUAUUAAGAAUGAAUGUUAACAUUUCUCUUGAUCAUGUUCAAAAGUUUUAUAUAAUUUCUUUAAGAUUGAAAGUUUUGUUUGACUUAUUGAAUUUCUUGAAAUAGAUCUACAGCCUUUGGUUUUGUUGUUAUGGUCCGAUUAUGUUAUUUCCCCAUUAUUAUUAUCAUGUUUUUAAUAAAUAAUCAAACUAUUAUCCAUAAAUAUUCAGAAUGAUUUGUUUACUUGAAUUAUGAAAAACAUCUACAUGUACAUGUAAAAGUGAAAUUGAUGAAAGUAAUCUGUCAUAUGGAAACAGUAAAGUUUUAUUUAACUCCUCAACUUUGUAGGAAAGAAAAUACCAAAUUAAUUAACUGAUGACGAUCAUGUGUUAACAUUCCUGCAGUCAAUUUUCUUUAUUAUAAAAUAACAAAUGUUCGUUCAACCUUUGACUUUUUAUGCAGAAAUAAGAACAGAUAGUGUUAGAAUGAUUAUUUUGGCAAUAAGAAAGUUGAAACUGACAUCUUUUUUCGAAGGUAGUUUAAUAUUUUUAUCAGAAAGAAAUUAAAACCUCAUUUAAAACCUCAUUUAAAUGCCAUCUUAAACUAUUGUAUCAUAAAUUUGUGUUAUUAAUAAAGAUCAUUGUGUAAAUUUUUUUUGUUUGAUUAAAAAUGGCAAUCACUGAUUAUUUUUUCACACUAUUUUUGAGCUGGCACAACAUAAAUUUAUUAUAAUUUUUUGCAUGUGUGAUUAAUGGUUAAACUAAAUUAUUGUUAAACAAAAUCAAUGAAAAUUUUCUACAUUUCAAAAUUCUCAUUUAUGGCUGAUGUAUUAUAUAUUUUAUCUUAAGACUACUAGAAAAACAAUCUCACUAUUGUUCAGAUAUAUUAUGUUAUACAGUGUAGAGUUUAAUUGGGAGCUGAUUAAUCUGACAAGAAAAAUAUAUGUAUAUACUAGCAAGGAAAAGUAAACAUUUUGAAAGGUAUCAUAAUCUUUUAUCAUUAUAUACAGGUCUAUAAUUAUUAUUGAAUUGAUUUUCAGUUAAGUGGCGACAGUAAGUAUGAGAAUGUGUGUAUUUUAACUCAAAUGCCAGAUAUCAAUAAUAUCUCACUCAUGAAAGAAGCUUGGAUAUCUGUGUAAUCAGGCAUUGUUUUAAUAAAAACUGAAAUUUCUGUUAACAAGUGCACGCUACCAUUACAAUAUCUUAAAAUUGUACAAUCUUUUAUAAUAUUAAAAGAAGGAAACCUC